AUCAUUGUUUAAUUUCCCAAAUUUCACAGAAUCAAUCUCUGGAUUGGAUCCUCUCCCUCUCUCUCUCUCAUCAAUGGCGGUAGAGGACCAUUCUCUCUCCGCUCCCCUCCUCUCCUCGGAGCAGCCGCCGCCGCACCACAUCGUCACCGUCCACGAUCAGCCCCAACCCCCAAUUCAAUCGGGAGACGACAAUCGCCACAAUCCGUACGCCUUCGUCGGGGCGCACGAUGGAUUCGAGGUGCCCGCGCCCAUCACCAUCGAUCCGUACCGCAACCACACGGCGAACAUCGAGGGGUUAUACGAGUGGCUGAAGAUCCUCCUCUGCUUGCCCAUCGCGGCGGUUCGCCUCGUGCUAUUCGGCCUGUGUUUGAUGGUCGGCUACUUGACGACGCGUCUCGCGCUGUAUGGGUGGAAGGACAGGCAGAAUCCCAUGCCUAGGUGGCGCUGCCGGCUCAUGCGGCUCACCCGCUUUUGUGGCCGGGCUAUCCUUUUCUCCUUUGGAUACCAUUGGAUAAAAAGAAAAGGAAAGCCUGCUCCAAGGGAAAUUGCUCCUAUUGUUGUGUCUAAUCAUGUAUCAUACAUUGAUCCAAUUUUCUUUUUCUAUGAAUUAUUUCCCACCAUAGUGUCCGCAGAUUCACAUGAUUCCAUGCCUUUUGUUGGGACCAUCAUUAGAGCAAUGCAGGUUAUUUAUGUUGAUAGAUUUUCAAAGUCAUCCAGGAAGCAUGCUGUAAAUGAAAUAAAGAGAAAAGCUUCUUGCAACCAGUUUCCUCGUGUGCUUUUAUUUCCUGAGGGAACAACAAGCAAUGGAAAAGUUCUUUUAUCGUUUCAAAUCGGUGCAUUCAUUCCUGGUUAUCCUGUUCAGCCAGUUGUUGUUCGUUACCCCUAUGUUCACUUUGACCAGUCCUGGGGAAAUAUCACACUUACAGCGUUAAUGUUCAGAAUGUUUACGCAGUUCCACAAUUUCAUGGAGGUGGAAUAUCUUCCGCUUGCUUAUCCUAAUGAGUGUCGGAAGGAAAAUGCAGUUCAUUUUGCUCAGAGGACUGGUCGUGCCAUUGCAAGUGCCCUCAAUGUGGUACAGACAGCUUACUCAUAUGGAGACUUUAUGCUUUUUGCCAAGGCAGCUGAAUUAAAGCAGGAAAACCCGUCUCUGUACAUGGUAGAACUGGGCUGGGUACAAUCGUCAUUGCGUCUGAGUGCUCUGGAAGCAGUUGAGUUUUUGGAGAUAUUUCUGUCAAUGAAUCCAGAUCCAAGUGGGCUUGUUGAAUUCCAUUAUUUUCUCAGAGCUCUGAGACUGAAACCUUGUGGCCUUUCUGAGAAGAUGUUUGAAUUUAUUGAUGUGCAGAAGAUGGGUAAAAUAUCAUUUAAGCAGUUCUUGCUUGGUUCAGCCCACAUUUUGAAGCAGCCUCUAUUUCGACGCACAUGUGAUGCAGCAUUUGGUGAAUGCGAUAUUAAUGGGAAAGGUCACAUUUCGAAGCAAGAGUUACAAGAUGCAGUUUCGCUAUCAAUUCCAAGUUUAAAUUCUGACGAGAUUCACGGGCUCUUUAGUUUGUUUGAUGUGGAUAAUGACAGUAUGAUCAGCUGCGACGAUUUCAUCUCCUGCUUGAGACGGCACCCUUUGCUCAUAGCACUUUUUGCACCCAUAUUGUUCCACAGAGGUUUGUCCUUAUUAGAUGAUCGAAAUUUAGUAGAGGAAAUCUUGUAACGAUUCACCCCGACAGUAAUGCUAUUGUUUUAUUAGAUGUUACGAUCUACAUAGAAGGUUACUCCUCUUAUAGUGCAUUUUCCUAAAAUUUUGUAACAUUUACUUGUGAAAGCUAUUUUGUUAGUAUUUAUUAGUGGGGGCAUCA